GCACCUUCCUAACCAUCAAUCACCACCAACACAAUGGCAUCGUCCUCUUCAUCAGGCGGGCCCUCGGCUUACCUCCAACAGGCGGGCGGCUCAGCUGCGUCGUCACUACGACCCAUCUACGAAACGCUUGCCGACCAAUACGACCGCAAGCUCUAUUACCAGCUCCUCGAGACGACGCAAUCCUUCUUCCAUCACCCCGACUCCACCAGCGGCACGCAGCGAUACGACCUUUAUCAAUCCUUUGUAGUCCACUGGAAGAGCAAGGUCUCUGAUCUCUCCGUCGCCGAAUUGGCCAUCGCUGCGGCUAAGCAGCUGCAGCCCGAUUCGCAGAAGGCGCACGAUUUCCUCGUUGGGGAGAGGGAUCAGGUGGAGAAGGAUACGCCUGCUCACCUUUUGCUCAGCAUCGAGGCGACCUGCUACAAGCUGCUCCUCGGUCAGCUCGAGCAGGUCAAGAAGGAUGUCGAUGCAGGGCAGAAGAUUCUCAACUCGUACGACGCGGUAGAGACCGUCGUCUCGGCAGCGUAUUACAGGGUGGCAGCAGAGUACUAUAAGGCAAAGGCAAUGUACCAGCAGUACUACACGACAUCGCUCCUCUACCUCGCCUGCCUCCCGCACAAUGGCACGGAGGACGAUCUGACAAACGAGGAGAAGGUGGAGCGAGCGCAUGAUCUGGCCAUUGCAGCUAUUCUAGGGCAGGGCAUUUGGAACUUCGGAGAGCUCGUAAGUAGUUGCGUCCGCAUGGACGCCAGUGUAUGUCCCCACUGACACCGAGUGCCUCUCCCCGUCCUGAUUGCAGCUCCUACACCCGCUUCUCCCUAUCCUCUCACCCACCCCGCACUCCUACCUCCUCCCG